GUCGUAUCCCAUUAACAUUAACACCAAGCUUGUUAGUUGCGAGUAGCGAGGACCCCUCCUCUUCUCUCUCUAUCAGUGUCUGUCUCUGUUUCCAUCUUUCUCUCUCUUUUCUUAUUACUACUCCUACUAAUUAGGGUUUUAUCCAUUCCUUUCUUCCAUUUCCAUUUUUAUUUACUUCUACAAUCGCAAUCAAAAUGGGUAGAAUAUUCGUGAUUGAGCUUGAAGGCAGAACUUACAAAUGCAAAUUCUGUAAAGUCCAUUUUGCUCUUGCUGAUGACCUUGUUUCUAAGGCUUUUCAUUGUCGCAGAGGGAAAGCAUAUCUGUUCAGUAACGCGGUAAAUAUUAACAUGGGUGCUUCAGAGGAAAGAUUGAUGCUUUCUGGAAUGCACACUGUUGCAGAUGUAUAUUGCUGCAGCUGCGGACAGAUUGUUGGAUGGAAAUAUGAAGCAGCUCAUGAGAAAAGCCAGAAGUACAAAGAAGGAAAAUAUGUUCUUGAAAGAGGUCGGAUUAUUGAUGGUUUAGAGACCGAGUUCUAUAUUGAUGCCCAUCCAAUGAGUGAUACCGAAGAUGUUUAGUCAUGUUUGACAUUGCAUUCAGGUAACAUGCUUUUGUACGCGAAUUACGUAAUGGUAGAUUCACAUGUACAUAUGACCAUGAAAACUUCCGGUUGUGCGUUUGCUCAAAAUUUUCUGAUCGUUUGAAGAACCCGUCCAUGUUUGGAAUGUAGUAGUGCGGAUCAGAUGUAACUUAUACGAGCUAUGUGCGUAAAAUAUGUUAGUUGUGUAAUUUUGGGAAGAGUUCGCUAUAUAAGGUGAUGAGUUGAGGUGACUAAA